CAAAUGCAGCUCAUCAGCAUUCCCGCAAAUGCAUUCGCAGGCCUGACUGCGCUGCAGUACUUAGAACUAUCCUACAACCAGCUCACCGGCAUUUCUGCCCAAGCAUUCACAGGCCUGACUGCGCUAAACUACUUAGAUUUAAGCAACAACCGGAUCACCAAGAUUCCUGGCUCGUUGUUCACAGGCCUGACCAUGCUGACGACAUUGUCUCUGCAAUUCAACCACAUCACCAGCCUUGCUACAAACGCAUUCACAGGCCUGACUUCGCUGACGCAAGUGACUCUGCAAAACAACAAUAUCACCAACAUUGUUGCAACCACAUUCACAGGUCUGAGCAGCGUAACACAAACGGAUCUAUCGUACAACAAGCUCACCAGCCUUUCUGCAAACGCAUUCACAGGCCUGACUGCGCUGGCACAGCUGGAUCUUUCCAUGAACCAAAUCACCAGCAUUCACGCAACGGCAUUCUCAGACCUUACUGCACUGACACAAUUGAGCCUGACCAACAACAUAAUCCGCACCAUCCCCUCCUCCGCUUUUACCGGCCUGACUGCACUGAAUACCUUGAAUCUGGGAGGCAACCUGUUCACCGCCAUUCCCGCAAACGCAUUCACGGGCCUUUCUGCGCUGAAUUACUUAAGUCUGUUCGCCUGCCUUAUCACCGUCAUUUCCGCAAACGCAUUUACAGGCCUCACUGCGCUGACCUUCUUAACGCUGCAAAGUAACCAGAUUCUCAACAUUCCCGCAAAUGCAUUCGCAGGCCUGACUGCGCUGCAGUUCUUAUAUCUGAGCAGCGCCCAGAUCACCAGCCUUUCUGCAAACGCAUUCACAGACCUGAGUGCGCUGACGCAAUUGGAUUUAUCCUACAACAUGAUCACCAGCCUUUCUGCAAACACAUUCACAGGCCUGAGCGCGCUGACGCGUUUGGAUUUAUCCUACAACAUGAUCACCAGCCUUUCUGCGAACACAUUCACAGGCCUGAGUGCGCUGACGCAAUUAUAUUUGUUCGAGAACCAGAUCACCAGCAUUCCCGCAGACGCAUUCGCAGGCCUGACCGCUCUGACCCAAUUGGAAUUGAGUCACACCCGGAUCACCAGCAUUUCUGCAAACGCGUUCAGAGGCCUGACCGCGCUGACUGCCCUAUAUCUGCACUCCGUCCAGCUCAACAGCAUUCCCGCAAACGCUUUCACAGACCUGCCUACGUUACAACGAUUGGCUUUGAAUGACAACCCCCUCACGACCUUGCCCCCCGGUCUGUUCAAGGGGCUACCAAAUGGCUUGGCUUUGUCGUCCUCAGCUCCCUUUCUGAGCUCCAACAACUUUACCUUUGGUGGCAACACUGUCGCUCCGCCCAGCACAUACGGAAGUGUAUUCCAACCGUUACCGUGCGGCACAGCUUGUGCCACCUGCUAUAGUGCUGGGUCGUGCUGUGGGAUCAAUUGCCUGACCUGCACCUCAAAUAAUAGCUGCACCCUGUGCUAUGAAGGCUAUGUUGCGAUGGGCGACUACUGCCUCGCAUCAGCCGCGACGAACGCAUCGAUUGCAUCGGCUGCCUCCAGCGCCUCAGUCGCAUCCACGCAAUCCGCCUCGGCGGCCUCGAUUGCGUCUCUUGUUUCCGCAACCUCGGCGCUUUCCGCUUCUGCCGCGUCAACCGCAUCGGCAUCUGAUGCCUCGAUUGCGUCUCGUAUUUCCGCGUCCUCGGCGCUCUCGGCUUCGGCUGCGUCAACUGCAUCGGCUUCGGCUGCAUCUGUUGCUUCCUCCAUUGCACAGUUCAGCGGCGGCGCCCAAACCUCAUCUCCAGUUGUUAUCAUCGCUGCAGCUGCUGGUGCGUCUGCGGCAGUUAUUGUGAUACUUGUUUUGGUAUUCGUCAUGUUGCGCCGUCGUCGAUCACAGCGUGCAGACAUGCCAUCGAAGGACUCGGCCGGUCCCAUUUAUCAGGAGGCGGUUGAAAUGGCAAUCUCUCCUCAAAACCAUUCGGCUCGAUCUCACAAAGAAGACGACGUCCCAGCCACCGCCUCAAUCAGCCAAAAUCAGCCGGAACCUGUGUACGAAGACUUCUCGUCGCACACAACAGAAGAAUUCUACGACAAUGAAAGUCCGUAUGUUGCUGGCAGCAAUUCUCGCCGCGUUCGCGAAGGCUUGACGAUUGUGAAGCACCUUGCCAGCGGAAACUUUGGCGACGUGGCGCUUGGUCGAGUGCCUUUCGGCGUGCUGUCCCCACGAGCACAAGUCUUGCUUGGACGUAAAGCUUCGUCUGAAGUCGUGCAAGUCGCAGUCAAGAGUCUCAAAUCCCACGCGGACGAACAAUCACGCAAGGACUUUGAAAGCGAGGCAAAAUUGAUGGCCCCAUUCGUGCAUCCGAAUGUCGUGCGUCUACUUGCGGCUCUGGUCGAGUCAGAGCCCCAUCUCGUUCUGCUAGAGUUUGUGCAAUACGGCGACUUGCGCACCCUGCUGCAAAAAUCCAAAAAGAAGUCGCUUUCGUGGACACACAACGAGCAGGUGCAUGCCAUUCGCCAGAUUGCUCUCGGCAUGGAGUAUCUGGGCACGCUGCAUUUUGUUCACCGUGACCUCGCCGCGCGCAACUGUCUUGUGGGACAAGGCAUGGUUGUCAAGAUUGCCGAUUUCGGGCUUUCUCGCGAACUGACCGAGAACGAUUACUAUCGCAUGCAAACGCGUGGCAAACUUCCUGUGAAGUGGAUGGCGCCGGAAACAAUGACUUUCCGCAAGUUUUCGACCAUGUCCGAUGUGUGGUCGUUUGGUGUUACGGCCUGGGAAUGUUGCAGUUACGGAGAAACGCCGUACGGGCAGGUGAGCGGGCGUGAAACGCUGGUCCAUGUGGAGGCUGGUGGUCGGCUGCCCAUGUCAGACACCUGCAUGCCAGAGCUCUACAACAUGAUGAUGAGUUGCUGGAACGCAACACCGGAUUUCCGACCGACUUUUGCACAGCUCGCCAAGGUGCUGACAUCGCUUCAGGAUGGAACGACCAUUCGCGAAAUUGGUGCAAUGGUGUAA